GCAGUUGGGUACCCUUGGGGCCAAAAUAGUUUCGGUUGUAAGUCAUAGAACCCACUGAAGGAAUUUUCGAGAUUCUGCCAUCGUGCGUCAAUAGCGCAAAGAUAGUUUUGGGACAAGCAUUUGAAAACAACAACAAUCAUAUGUCCACGUGCAUAGCUAUUGAGAACUGAAUUUGCUGGUUGCUUUUUUCCGCGGUUGAUCAGUUAAAGUCCGAUAUGCAUUGAUAAUCAUUGGCUCACGAAGUAAACGGCAAGACCGUGUUGAAGUACACUAAAGCAAGCCGUUAAAAACAAGAUAGGCAGACGGUCAUGGCAACGAUCACGUGGUUACAAAUAUUUGUGGCGGUAUUUCAGCUCAUAACAUCGACUUCUGGCACGUGUAAUGAGACCAAUGUUGGAAUUCGUAACGAAUUAAAGGUCAUUCCUGACGCUCAAAUGACUGCCAGCUCAAACAAUGGAAACAAUUUUCUGCCUGAAUUUGGUCGUCUGGAAGGAACAAGCACUUGGUGCCCAGAUACAGACCCUGCAGACGGGGACCCAUAUCUUGAGAUAAACCUGGGUCAAAAAUACGAUAUUUGUGGGGUGGAGGUGCAAGGGCUACCUGGAGCCAGUGUGACAACAAAUUUUACUCUCAGCUAUUCCAGUGAUAAUGGAUCAACAUUCGUGGACAUUCAGCGAUUUGAUGGAAGUGCAGCUGACGGUGAUGUUUCGGACUUCCAUGAACUGCCAUCGACCAUAACAACGCAAUUUAUCCGGUUUCAACCGGUUUCAACGUCCAUCUGUUUGAGAGUAGAGGCCUAUGGGACACCAGAGGGAGUGGAUGUCACAUGCAAUGAAAAUGAUAUACUAGUAGAAAUCGAUCAAUCAGUUCACAACAUCCCUGACCCAAGUGUUCUCAGCCUGAUAAACAACAGCUGCCAAGCCACUUCUAAUGCAUCGUUCAUUAACUUCGAUAUUACUCUGGGAACAUGUGGGACUAGGGUCGUCAUCUCCACAGACGGAUUGAAAUCAUUUUACCGCAACACAAUUACAAGCUCUGCUGACGCUACGGAGUUUGAAAUCAUCUGCUCGUAUAUCCGCGAAGCAACAUUCCUUGGCGGAGGUAGUGGAGAAUUCAACUUUAGGAUGGAAAUAUUCACCGAUGAUGGUUUUACGACAGCUGCCAGUGGCACGAUAUCACUGGGAACCGAACUGUACUUUAAAAUUGAAGUGGAAACUUUUGGCAUAGACACUGAAAUCCACCUCACAAAUUGCCGGGCAACAACUAGUGACGAUCCGGAUGAUCCUGCAGCUGUGGUUUAUAAGAUCAUCGAGGAUGGGUAAGAUAUUCAACAAUUAGAUUGGUGAACUCGAAUUAAAUUUAUAUACCUGCGAAAUAUCCCUCUAUUUUUUAUUCCGCGUGAAAAUUUCACAGUUAACUGCGAAUCACCAUUCUUUACACCAUGCUAUAGAAAAUACAGCCAAUUAGAAUACAGGAAAGCUGUUGUACAUUCGACGGUAAUACACGUCACCCAACCUUCCCAUCGUGCGCUGCGCGUUUGUCUCAUUGAA